AUGAACUGUCAUGAGUUUAAAGGGAAGCAUUAUCCAAUCAGACCAGACAGCGAUCCAGAUGAAAUCCUCACGAGACUUCCUGAUCUUCCCUGCAGAGGCGAUGACGUCACCAUCAUUGCAUUUCCUAAGACAGGAACGCAUUGGGUUUGGGAGAUGUGCAAUAUGCUGUUGACGGGAGUAACUGAAAUACCAACAGAUAACGACAAAGGCAAGACGAUGCUAGAGAUGAGGACAGAAGAGCAACUCAACAGUCGUCCAUCUGUCCGUGUUCUCAACACGCAUGUCACACCGGAACUGUAUCCUAAGGACCUAGUCAAACGAAAAUCAAAGAUCAUAUAUAUAGAACGGAACCCAAAAGAUGCCACAGUGUCAUACUUCCACCACCUCAGUAAAAUGAGAACCAUAAAUUACUCUGGAGCUUGGGACGGCUUUUUCGAAUUGGCCAUUGCAGGGCAAGUUAUUUAUGGCUCCUGGUUCGAUUAUGUGAAGGCCUGGGAGGAAUUUUUCCGGACGCAUGAAGACAUUCCGGUUUUAAGGCUUUGUUAUGAGAACCUUAAACAGGACAGCGCAGUAGGAAUUGCUCAAAUCACAAAGUUCCUUGGAGUAGAUCGAGAUUCAGCAUUCCAAAAGAAAGUAGCAGAACAGUGUGGAUUUGAGAACAUGAAGAAAGGUCGUACAUUAUCGCCGGAGUUUAGCAAGAUUGUGAAAACCCAGACACAUCCAAUAUUCAGAAAAGGUACUGUCGGGGACUGGAAGAACUACUUCACCGUGGCACAGAACGAGAGAUUCAACACGGAGUGCAGGAAAUAGAUGGCCGGGUACAGCUUUGCAUAUGAAUAA